GGCUCCUAUUUUUCUUUUCCAGUUCUUCGGAGAGCUGAAAAAUGUCUGGCUUUCUUGAGAGCUUGAGGUGCUCGGAGUGCGUGGACUGGGGAGAAAAACGGAACACGAUCGCUUCUGUUGCUGCAGGAGUGCUAUUUUUUACAGGUUGGUGGAUAAUCAUAGAUGCGGCUGUAAAAUACCCUGAAGCGGAAGAAUUCAACCAUUCGUACCAUGCUUGUGGGGUUAUAGCCACUAUUGCAUUCCUAAUGAUCAAUGCAGUGUCUAACGGACAAGUUCGGGGUGACAGUUACAGUGAAGGCUGUCUAGGACAAACAGGUGCACGGAUUUGGCUAUUCAUCGGUUUUAUGAUGGCUUUUGGAUCUCUGAUCGCUUCCAUGUGGAUCCUUUUUGGAGGCUAUGUUGUCAAAGAAAAAGCAGUAGUAUACCCAGGAAUAGCUGUGUUUUUCCAGAAUGCAUUCAUCUUUUUUGGAGGACUGGUCUUCAAAUUUGGUCGCACGGAAGAUUUGUGGCAGUGAACACAGCUGUGGAAGCGCAUUGGCCCUGUCAUUUUUUUAACUGCACACGCCCAAAAUUUUGUAAAACUUGUUUUGUAAACAGUAACCUUCAAUUGUGUCUAAAGAUAAAAACAGGAAAAUUUAAAUCACAGUGCUAACAAUUCUGCUUCUAUUCUGUUUAAAAUACUUUUUUUUUUACUCUUGUAUGUUGAUUUAAAUGUUGUAAUGUUUUUGACAAAUGUAAAAUUGAUACAAGUAACAAUGGAAGUCACUUUUAUGAUUAUGAAGUUUGCUACAAGUAAGUAGUACAGUAGAGAAAGGUUGUAUUUAACCAGCUAUUUCUAUGAUGUUAUUUGCAAUCCCAAACUGUUACUAAAAAUACUUUAAAACAACUUUUUAACAUUUAUUUAUUAAAUAUUUCCUAUAUCUGGACACUAAACACUUCAAUUUCAAAAUUUACCUGUGUGUGGCUUUUCUUGCAUAACAUGGAAUUAUGCUGCUUUUUCCCCUUGAAUAUUUUCUUUGGCCUGUGGUGAUAUUGCGGAAGUCUCUGGACAGUUCAACUUUCUGUUGCUGUGGAUGAUGUUGUAGAGGCACAAAUACGAAUUACGUACCUGCGCUAGAUGGAAGUAGCCCCUUCACAAAAUUUGUUCUAAACUCUGUUUUAACCCCUGCAAAACAAGGGACUGAUGCUCCUUCAGAUGAUAGCUAGAGCAGGGACAGUCAUGAUCAGGGAGAAUUUUGAUCCUGCAGCUCUUCCUGUAUCUCACAGUUCAAGUGCAUAUGUUAUCUACCUCUUCCUAUAUGUGUAUUGAGGGGGCUAGUUGCUUAAGAAAGUGCUGACAAAAGAGAUGCGACAGAGUGGGGGAAAGAGAAGGAAUAAAAUACUAUUCCUUAAAAGCAGCACCACUGCUAGAAGUCAUCAGAAGCAAUUUGUGUUACAGAAGUUGUGUUCAUUUGGUUACUAGAAAGCAAGAAACUGAAGUACACCAUUUGAACCUGGAUUUGAACAUUACAACGUUAGUAGCAUGUUAGGUGUGAGAUAAUGCAAACAUACAAAUGUGUAUACAGGCUCAAUGUCACGGUAUCAGCUGUUGACAUAAUGGAACUAUGGCAUCUCCUUGGCAAGAAACUCUUCAUUACAGUUAAUGGAAGUGUGAGAAGGGUUGCAAGCAACCAUCUCCUUUUCUUAAUCCCCAAUGAACUGAGGUCAGCAUGCAUUACUGUAGCGAGCAUCAAAGUAUUUAUCCUUUAUCGUCAGUAUUACAUGUUUCUCAUAACUUCAUUUUUAAGCAAGUGUGCUCAAUAAAUAAAAACAAUCGAAUCUUGA